AUGAAGCCACCACUCUUGGUGCUUUCUGUGUAUCUGCUAUGGCUGAAAUAUUGUGACAGUGCACCUACUUGGAGGGAGACAGCUGCUACGGAUGGAAACCUGAGGAGUCUUCCAGAGGUAGGAGAGGCAGAUGUAGAAGGAAAGGUGAAGAAGGCUUUGAUUGGUAUUAAGCAGAUGAAAAUCAUGAUGGAAAGGAGAGAGGAAGAACAUGCCAAACUGAUGAAAACCUUGAAGAAAUGCAAAGAAGAAAAGCAGGAGGCCCUGAAACUCAUGAACGAAGUGCAAGAACGUCUGGAGGAAGAAGAAAAGUUAUGUCAGGCAUCUUCUGUAGAUUCUUGGGAUGGAUGCAGGCCAUGUUUGGAAAGUAACUGCAUACGAUUUUAUACAGUUUGCCAACCUGGUUGGUCCUCUGUGAAAAACAUGAUGGAGCAAUUUCUCAAGAAGAUAUACCAAUUUCUAUUUACCCACAGUGAAGAUGUAAAGGAUCCCUCUGCCAUAGAACAGCUGACUAAGGAAGAUUUACAAGUGAUACAAAUAGAAAACCUGUUCAGCCAGCUGGCUGUAGAUGUGAAAUCUCUCUUCAACAUGAGUUUUUACAUUUUUAAACAGAUGCAGCAAAAAUUUGACCAGGCUUUUCAAUUAUACUUCAUGUCUGAUGUGGAUUUAAAGGAGCUACACCCCCCAGCUUUGUCUAAAGAGAUAAUCAAAAAGGAAGAACUUGAGCAAAGGUGGGGCAUUCCCAAUGUAUUUCAGCUGUUUCAUAAUUUCAGUCUCUCUAUUUAUGGAAGAGUCCAACAAAUAAUAAUGAAGACAUUCAAUGCAAUCAAAGAUUCAUGGGAACCGCAUAAAGAAUUAAUGUUACUUGAGCAAAAUGGAGAAAUGUGUGAGGAAUUUGGCAAGAAUUUAUCUGGAUGUUUAAAAUUUCAUAAGAGAUGCCAAAAAUGUCACACUUACCUAUCUGAAGACUGCCCUGAUGUACCUGAACUACACAUAGAAUUUCUUGAGGCCCUGAAAUUAGUCAAUAUAUCUGAUCAGCAAUAUGAUCAGAUUGUCCAGAUGACCCAGUAUCAUCUGGAAGAUACAACAUACCUGAUGGAGAAGAUGCGAGAACAGUUUGUAUGGGUGUCUGAACUGGCAAGCCAUAACACAGUGACUGAGGACAUCUUUAAUUUAACAAAGGCAUUUCCAAAGAUUCAUGGAGGAAAUUCUUCCAAGCAGGAUGAAUUUAUGGUAGAACCAAACAUUCUGUCUCCCUCUAACUUCACAGUCCAGAACCCUCCUGAAGAAGGUGCUGAGAGCUCAAAUGUCAUUUACUACAUGGUAGCUAAAGUUCUGCAGCAUUUUAAGGGACAUUUUAAAACCUGGUAA